AUGGAAUGUGACUUCGAUCGAGCUCUUACCUGCUCUCGUUCGGUCAUUCAGUUCGGAGCGAAAGCUAAAAGUGAAACCAAAUUAUCGCUUGAUGAUGUAGGUGGAAUGGAAGCGGAAAAGCGCAUACUACUCGAGGUGCUGAUGUGGCCGACUAAGCACGCAAGAGUACUUGAUGCCUAUGGGAUUCGUCUCGGGAAAGGAGUGCUGUUACAUGGGCCAUCAGGAUGUGGAAAGACACUUUUAGCUAAGGCAGCCGUGGCUCAUUCUAAAUUCAACUCGAUUUUCAUUAAGGUAUGA